AUGAUGCCAUGGCUCGACGCUGGUUCCAUCGGUCAUCAGUUCGAACAGACACUGCCAUUUUACGACUUUUACGGCUCAACGACGGAGAUCGCCUGCUCAGGAACACCACGGCCAGACUGGAUCCAAUACUACGACACGGAUGCUCAAAACAAUAAGAUCACAGGGACAGAUCUUCGUGUGCCCGAGGGCUACCAAAAUCAGCAGUCGCCGGGAUUUGAGCAUGCCACAAAUGACCACAAGGUACUCCGACAACGGAAACGCGACCUUGGAUUUGGUCUGGCCCAAAAUACGCGAAAGGUCGCCUGA